CUGGCAGCAACACCAGAGGUUUCUCACCGCCUCUCAGGUGUUGCAAUACUUGUUAAUGUUUAACAACUGAAAGCAAGAAAACACUGACGUGUCUUCCACAGUCGUAAAAACACUUCACCGAGUCCUUAAUGAAACAUAACUUCUCUCUCUCACGGAAUGGCUGCGUUGCGAGCAGCUAAGCAAACUCUGAGGAGAGAAAUAAAGCGAAGGGUGGCAGCGCUCAGUGCGGAGGAGAGACGACGGCAGGCUCUGCUGCUGUCCCGGCAGCUGUUCAGACACCCCAAGUAUCUGUCCUGUAAGAGGAUUGCUGUGUUUCUCAGCAUGGAUGAUGAGGUUCGCACGGAAGAAAUCAUCAAAGACGUGUUCAAAUGUGGUAAAAGCUGCUUCAUUCCGCGAUAUGAGAGCGGCAGCAGCCAUAUGGACAUGUUGAAGCUCAACAGUCUGCAGGACAUGGAGACGCUGCCUCUGACGUCGUGGAACAUCAGACAGCCUGCUGAAGAUGACGACAGCAGAGAGGAAGCACUGGCUACAGGAGGUCUGGACCUGAUCUUGAUGCCAGGUUUGGGUUUUGACCUUUUGGGGAGACGUCUGGGAAGAGGGAAGGGCUUCUAUGACACCUACUUGGAGCGCUGCAUCGGACACCCCAAAGGAAAGCCCUACACCAUCGCCUUGGCCUUCAAAGAGCAGCUGUGUCAGGAAAUCCCUGUCGACGACAACGACGUGCUCAUAGACGAGAUCCUGUAUGAGGAGGAUGAGUAGCUAAUCUCAGCAGGAGUAGCCCAGGAUGAACUAAUACGACUAAU